UUCUUUCUCCCAUAUAUUCUCUUGGCAUUUGAAAUUUUGGAAUUUCUUCAAAGAUUUAAACAUGAUUUAACCUAUUCUUAAUUGUUUUUAGGUGUGUGAAAAGCAUUUUAGUGAAAAAGACCUCCUUACAACUACAUCUGCCUAUGAUAAAAAACGGGCCUACUCAUAGAAGCCGAACUAAAGAUUAAGAAAUUAAAGCCUAAUGCAGUACCAUCUCUUCAUCCAAAUUUACCGAAGCACUUCUCUUCCACAGCUGUUAGUAAUCGAGAAUCUUCGGAUGACCGAAAAUUAAGAAAGGAAAUGGAAAGUAUUCAAGCUGCAACAGCUGAAAAUGUAAAACGUCAAGAAUUGUAUGAUGCAACACAAAAAUUUUCCUCUUUUUCUGACCUAAAGUCUAAGCUGCCAGAUACGAAGAACUCCUGGAAUAUUAUAAAAAGUGAGAGUUACAUUCUUUUCAUGUUAUUAGAUGUUCAGCCAGUAACAGAAGUAACUAUCUCUUCAUAUAUAGAUUCCAACUGUGAAGCAAAAGCUUAUGUUAAAAAAACAGAAAUAAAAGUUUUAAAAAACUUUAAAUUUCCACAUCAGCUUGUUGCUAUUGAUACAAUAGAUGAUAUUUUGAAUGAAUUAAAAAAAUUAGCUUUGGAUACACCACCAACGGAUAAAGAUGUAAAAAUAAUUAUAAAUACUGUUAAAGAAUUUUUAAAAUCCCUUUUAAAUGUCACAAGUGUAUGCAACGAUGUAAUUUUAUUCAUUAUCGAUCAACUUUCUUACAUAGGCGAUGAUAAGCAUGCAUACAGGUAUUCUGCCGAAACUUUAAUUUUUGCUUCCUUAAUUUAUACAAUAUCCCCUAAUGCAUAUAGAUUUGUACGUAAAAGUGGCAAUAUUAUUUUACCACAUCCAAACACAAUAAGAAACAUCUGCUUAAAAUCAAAUAUUAGUCCGCAGUUCGAACAAUCCGAUGAAUACUUUUUAAAGUAUAUCCAACAAAAGUUUAAAUUUUUAAAUGAAGACGAUAAAACUGUCCUUAUAAUGCUAGAUGAAAUACACAUAAAAGAAUAUUUUGAUUAUAAAAGUGGCAACAUUGUAGGAACUUCUUAUGAUGGUAACUGUACUUCCAGUGCCCAAGUAUUUAUGUUGAAAAGUGUUCUCUCUUCUUAUAAAGAUGUAGUGCACGUCUUACCCGUAAAAAAAAUAACUGGGGAAAUACUCCACGAAUUCCUAAAUAAAGUAAUACUGGGAUUAGAAGAGUUAGGAUUCUUUGUUAUUUCUGUAACAACAGAUAAUAAUUCCAUAAACAGAAAAGCUAUGUCCCUAUUUGUUAAUCCUCCUAAACUGCAAUUUGUUUAUCCUCACCCCAUUGACAAUAAUAGACCUCUUUUUUUCUUAAUUGAUUUUGUGCACCUGUUAAAAUGUAUACGCAAUAAUUGGCUUAACCAAAAAAAUCCCGAUAAAUGUUUUUUUUAUCCUAUGUUUGGUGAAAAAUCAGGUAAUGACGUAGGGCACAAUUUUUACACUGCAUCAUUUUCAGCAUUAAAAACGCUUUAUGAUAUUGAACUCAAUAGCCUUGCAAAAUUUGGUUUUAAAUUAAGUCUAAAAUCUCUUAAUCCUUCAAGUUUUGAAAGACAAAAUGUUAAGUUAGUUUUGCAGAUUUUUAAUGAAUUUGUCCCUCAAGGAUUGCUUGAAUUAGGUAAAAACCAUAAUAUUGUUCAUUAUGAAAAUACUGCCAAUUUUAUAAAAAUUAUUAAUAACUGGUGGAAUAUAGUAAAUGUAAAAACUCCAACUAAAGGUUUUCACUUAAAAAAUGAGUUUCAAUAUCCCCUUUCCUAUAAGAACGAAAGAAGCAUAAACUUUUUAAACAAAUUUUUAGACUGGUUGGAUGCCUGGGAAUCAAUGAAAUGUGACGCAGGAAUGUUUAGUAGAGAAACGCAUGGAGCUCUAAAAUUAAGUACUGAAGGUAUUCUGCAACUUAUGGAUUAUUGUGUCAAUGAAUUGAAUUUUAAAUAUAUUAUGCCAGGGAAAUUUCAUACCGAUGAUUUGGAAAGUAGAUUUGGUUGUUAUCGACAAUUAGCUGGAUGCCAAUACAAUAUCUCAACUAGGCAGUUAUUUGAAUGUGAGGCAAAGCUUAGAUUAAAGUCCCUUUUGUAUUUAAAUAUCCCCACAAAAUCAUUUGGCCUUGUCCAAGUCACAGAGUUGCUACACAAUGAACAUUUUGCAGAAGAGUUUCAAAAUGAUAAGAUAUUCUCCUCUUUAAAAAUUAUGCCACCUGAUCUAUCCUCUGCAAAAACUCAAUUGCCAGUUAUUGUGUAUGUUGCAGGUUAUUGUGCCUUUAGUGCUUUAAAAAAACCCAACUGUUUAGAUUGUAGAGAAAUUCAUUUAUUUGACAAACAGCUACCUAUAUCUAAAGAAUACAAUUACACUCAAGCUCUUGACAGAGGGAGCCUUUUACUUCCAAAAAAACAUGUGGUAAAUGCGGUUUUGUUAAAUUAUAUUAUUGUAAAGAAGUUAUGUUUUGAAUAUGAGGCCGAAUUUAACAAACAAAUUAAUCAGCGAAAUGUUGUUACAAAUUUAACUAAAAAUUAUCUUGUAGAAAAGGAUUUGCUUGGAAAUGAGGAAUUUUGCCCCUCUGGACAUUAUAUGGAAAAAUUUUUGGAUAUGGUUGUUUGGUCUUCCACUAAUGUAUUUUUAAACAACUACACGAAAACAAAAAAUGAUGCUCUACUGAAGGAGAAUAAAAACGCAGCUUUAUUAGCUGAAGUAAAGAGAAAUAAGAGAAAAAUUGAAACAUUAAGCAAGAAUAAAUAAUACUAAGCAUUAGUUAAUCCUCAGACAUAAUAAACACUAAAUUUUCAAUAAACAACUUUUUGCAUGUCAAUUUUUAGUUAAAACAUUAUUAUACAUAAUUUUUGAGUUGUUAGGUUUUUAUUUUUAUUAUC